AUGUCCAGCGACGAUGAGGGCGCACCCAAGGCACCCGCGGCUAAGCCCGCCAUGUCGCGUUUCCUGCGCACCGCGGGCAGUGAUUCCGACUCGUCCGAUGAGGAGAAGAGCGACAGCGAGGAGGAGAGUGAGGUGAGUCAGGAAGAGGGACAGGCAGAGCAGAGGCGGAGUCGUUUCCUGCGGACGGACAUCGACGACGACGCGAGUGAUGAGGAUGUUACGCGCGUCGUGAAGAGCGCACGGGACAAGCGGCUGGAGGAGAUGGAGGCGUGCGGAAAGACCAUGGACAAUGCGCUGAAGAUCAACGAUUGGGUCGCCAUCUCUAACGAAUUCGACAGGCUGGUACGCAUGGUGCAGCGUCAGCAAAAUGUGUCGGAGCCCGUCCCGCCGUUCUACAUCCGGCAAUUGGUCAAUCUGGAGAGUGCUCUGAACACUGCGGUGGCGAAGGAGAAGGAGGCGAAGAAAAAGAUGAAUGCGAGCAAUGCUCGUGCGCUCAACGGCAUGCGGCAAAAAGUCAAAAAGGUGACGAAGGAGUUCGAAGCGGACAUCAAGCGCUUCCAGACGGACCCUGACGCGUUUGAACGAGAGUACACCGCAGUCGUCGCGCCCGAGGCUGCCCCGGCCCCAAGACCGCGGGCAAGAAGGGCUGCAGAGAGCGAAGAGGAGGGCGCCGAAGAUGACGCCUUCACCACUGUUGGCAAGGGCGGCAAGGCAAUGGCCUUCACGCCAGAAAGCAUCUUCAAGAAUCUGCAGCUUGUGCAAGAGGCUCGCGGAAAGAAGAACACCGACAGGCAAGAGCAAAUCCGCGUUCUCGAGAAGUUGCUCGCUGUCGCCGUAACCUCAUACCAGCGCAUUCGCGUCCUUCUGACCCUCAUCUCUGCACGUUUCGACUACAACUCGUCUGUCGCCACACACGUGCCUAUCGAUCUCUGGGUCAAUGCACAGAGCGAAGUGGACCAGCUGAUCGGCAUCAUCAUGCGCGAGCCGCAGUACGUGAUCCAGGAGAUCACAGAGGACUACGAUGAGCUCGCAGAGCGGACGCCAGAGACGGAGAAGGACGGUAUCGUGCGCAUCCGCGGCAGCGUCAUCAGCUUUGUAGACCGUCUCGACGACGAGUUCACGAAGUCGUUGCAGAACAUCGACCCGCACGGCACGGAGUACGUUGACAGACUCAAAGAUGAGAAGGGCCUAUACUGCACGAUCUGCCGAUCGCAGGCGCUUUACGAGAAGACCAACAGCGAUGACCCUCUUGGUCGCGUCAUAAUGCGGCGGUUAGAGCACAUUUACUCGAAGCCUGAUGCCGUCGUUCAUGCUCUCGAGUCUACUGUCGCUGCCUCGGACAUCAAGCCUUCUAUCGUCCUGGACGUCGAGGGCCAGACGUCGUCCCUAAUUCACUCGCUGUCUAUCCACCUCUACAAGUCCAGCAACUCCUUCCUCCGUACCCGUGCCAUGCUCUGCCACAUCUACCACUACGCCCUCCACAACGACUUCCACACUGCUCGCGACAUGCUCCUCAUGUCGCAUCUGCAGGAAUCGAUCUACUCUGCCGACGUUGCCACUCAGAUCCUCUACAACCGUACUGUCGUACAGCUGGGUCUCAGUGCGUUCCGAUGCGGCCUGAUCAAGGAGGCACAGGCGACGCUGCAGGACAUCUGUGCGACACAACGGGUGAAAGAGCUCCUCGCUCAGGGCGUACACCAGCAGCGGUUCCAGGUGCUUUCACCAGAGCAGGAGAAAGCAGAGCGUCAGCGCCAGCUGCCUUUCCACAUGCACAUCAACACGGAGCUGCUGGAGGCUGCGUUCCUUGUGUCGAGCAUGCUCGUCGAGAUUCCUCUCCUGGCGAGCAUCGAUUCCGAGGAUCAGAAGCGCAAGGCGAUCUCGAAGCCGUUCCGGAGAUUGCUCGACUUUGCCGACAGGCAGAUCUUCACGGGCCCGCCGGAGAGCACGCGUGACCACAUCAUGCAGGCGAGCAAGGCAUUACAGAACGGCGAGUGGGAGAAGUGCCGCGACCUCAUCCAGAGCAUCAAGAUCUGGAGCUUGAUGCCGGAGUGCAACUCUGUCAAGGAGAUGCUCGCGAAGCGGAUACAGGAGGAUGGUCUGCGGACGUAUCUCUUCACAUAUGCGCCACACUACACGACGCUUUCACUGUCGCUGCUGUCCCGCACCUUCUCGCUCCCCCUCCGCACCGUCACUUCCAUCGUAUCGAAGAUGAUAUGGUCGGAGGAACUAUCUGCGUCUCUUGAUCAGGCAGCCGGCGUCGUCGUCUUCCACCGGAUUGAACUGUCGCGCACUCAGCAGUUGGCGCUGAGCCUGGCCGAUAAGGUCAACAACAUGGUGGAGCAGAACGAGAAGACACUCGAUAACAAGCUCGGUCCUGCUGCUACCUGGAAUGACCGUGGAGACGGCGCGAAGGGCGCAAAGGGUGGUGAGCAGGCAGCAGAGAGGCGGCGCGGCGGCGAGAGGAGGGGCGGCGGGGCGCGUGGUGGUGGGCGGGGCCGGGGAGCCCGUUUCGCGCAAGGGCUCGGCAACCAGAUGACUGGUGCGCAGAGGAACCGGUAAUCACUGGACGUGUUUAUGUGUGUGUAUACGAUUUUGUUAUGAUUGUGCUUAUUGCUUUGUUGUCUGCAUGCAGUGCGAGACUGUAAAGAGCAUGUCUGUCUGGUAUUACAAUGUAUGAGUACUACUAUACACAUGCAUUAUAUUUCCUCUCUCUCGAUGCC